AUGUACGGAGACCUCGCCCUUCAACUCGUCACAGCUUCUCACCGUUCUACCCUCUCUACCACCCCACAACUCCCUUUACCCAAAUACGCUCUACCCCUCAUCCUCUCCAUAUGUCUAGAAACACGUCAACUAGGUACUUCCAUAGCAUCCGCUGCUGAAUCUCACGGUCAAGUCUCCCUCUCUCAAGAUCGCGCUUUGGUCUGUAGUUUGACAGUACAACAUCUAGCCGCACGUAGGAACAAACGAUGUCUUCUCGCUUACCUUCAUAAUCGAGUCACUGGAAUGAAAGAACGUUGGUGGGAUGCAGGUGGAGGAUUAGCGUAUCUCUUAUCUUCGGCGAAUAACACAGCUGUGAAUCCGGACAGUGAUGCGCCAGAUCUGAGAAGUGCACUUAGUCCUCAAGAGUUGGAUUUUUUGAGAGGAUAUAAUAAUCUGAUGCUGGAUUACAAAACAGACUUCUUAGAUGUGUUAGAUUUGACAGCCGGAAUAGAGAGACCACCCGGGGAGAUCAUGGUGGAUGUUAGGGUGGUGAGAGAUGCAGGAGAGGUGGUAUUAGAAGGAGGGGAAAGGGUGGACUUCAGGAAAGGAGAGAGGUUUAGAUUGGCUAGAAGUGCGGUAGAGAGGUUAAUAGUACAAGGGUUUUUGGAGGAAGUGUGA